AUGCUGGAGCAUGAUGUCCUGGUAAUUGGCGCUGGGCUUGCCGGAAUGCGGGCAGCCAUUGCGGCCCGGGCCAGUGGCGCCAACACCGCGAUUGUCAGUAAGGUUCAUCCUGUCCGAAGCCACUCUAACGCGGCUCAGGGCGGCAUCAACGCGGCCCUGACCGACCGGGGCGAUGACUGGGAAGACCACGCCUACGACACGGUCAAGGGGAGCGAUUUCCUCGGCGAUCAGGAUGCCAUCGAAGUGAUGUGCAAGUCCGCAGGCCGCGCCCUGAUUGACAUGGAGCACUUCGGCGUCACCUUCAACCGGGACGACGAGGGCUAUCUAGGCACCCGCGCCUUCGGCGGCCAGAGACGGGCACGCACCUUCUUUGUCGGCGACUUCACCGGACAGGCACUGCUGCACGUGAUGUUCGAGCAGCUCAUCAAGUCCGGCGUCCGUCGCUACGAGGAAUGGUUCGUGACCUCCCUGAUCAUUGAGGACGGUCAGGUCUGCGGCGUUAUGGCGCUGGAGAUCCGCACCGGUCAGGUAUACGCCAUUCGCGCCAAGACCGUCAUCUUUGCGACCGGCGGCCUCGGGCGGAUUUUCGAGCCCAGCACCAAUGCCCUCAUCGUCACCGGCGACGGAAUGGCCUUGGCCUACAACGCCGGAGCCCAGCUCAUGGACAUGGAGAUGGUGCAAUACCAUCCCACCACCCUGGCAGGCAGCGGCGUGCUGAUUUCGGAGGCGGCCCGCGGGGAGGGCGCCUACCUUCUGGACAAAGACGGAAAUCGCUUCAUGGAGAAGUACGCUCCAAACAUGAUGGAGCUCGCCUCCCGCGACGUCGUUUCCCGUUCAGAGCAGACGGAAAUCAACGCAGGCAACGGAAUCAACCGCUGUGUGUUGCUGGACUGCCGGCAUCUGGGCGAGGCGCUGAUCAUGGAGAAGCUCAGCCAGAUCCGGGAGAUAGGGAUUGAUCUGGCCGGCGCCGACAUGAUACGCGAGCCGAUUCCCAUCCGCCCCGGUAUGCACUACAUGAUGGGAGGCAUCAAGACCGAUGUGGACGGACUGACAAACGUCCCAGGUGUAUAUGCUGCCGGGGAAUGCGCCUGUGUCAGCGUCCAUGGCGGAAACCGGCUGGGGGCCAACUCACUGCUGGAUACCAUUGUGUUCGGCGAGCGAUCCGGCAACCAUGCUGCCGAGGCAGCCCGCAGCGUCGACUACGUGGAGUUCAAUGUGGAGCAGGCGGUCAGGAACGAGGAGAAACGCAUCCAGGAUCUGCUGGACCGCCCCGGCUACGGCGACCGAAUCGCCAGCAUUCGCCUGGGAAUGGGCGAGUCUAUGAAUCGUAAUCUCGCCGUCUACCGCAACCAGGAGGGCAUGGAGGAGACGCUGAGCGACCUGGAGCUGCUGCAGGAGCGUUUCAAGUCCGUGCCUGUGGAAAACAAGGGCAAGGUAUUCAACACUGAUCUGAUUUUUGCCUUGGAGUUGGGCUUCAUGCUCGACUGCGCCCCGCCGAUCGUGGUCAGCGCUAUUGACCGCAAGGACAGCCGUGGCGCCCAGGCCCGCAUCGACUAUCCCAACCGGGACGAUGAGAACUGGAUGAAGCACCUCGUGGUUGGGAAGGGCGAGACUGGCCCCGAAAUUACCUACGCCCCUGUCAGCAUCACCAAGUGGCAGCCCGAAGAGCGGAAAUACUAG